AAUCACUUUUUUUGAUUGGACCUCCAUUCAGAUAAUAUCACGUGAUUCGUAGUCGGUCACGUGACGUCUGACGUCAGCCUCAGGGAGAUACAGUAGCGGCCGUGUCAACUCCAUCUGCAUCUAGUUAGUACAAUGGAGACGGCAAGGCAGUGGCUGGAUCCCGUGCUGCGGAUCCCGGAUGUGAUCAACGAAGUCCUGGGCGAUGUACAUCCAUUCCGCAUCAUCGUUCUCACCUGCGGGGCGACCAUCUUAGCCUUCUAUCUGCGGAACCUCGAGAUCACCGACGAGCCAUGGAGGAGGGUGAGGGCCUGGGGAUUACGCAAGUUAUUCAAGUUGUCCUUCAUACGCAAGUAUGUGGAUAGGGAAGUGCAGAAGGCAAGGAAGGAGCUGAUUCAUGGAUUGGACCAAGAGGUUGCUGGAUCUCCUUAUAUCACUCACCUUCCUUCUCAAGGCCUUGACCCCAAUGACAUCUUACAACGAACUGAACUCUACUGCAAAUUUGGGAAGGUGAAAUAUGAGGAGGGUAGAGCCUCAGGAGCUGUGUAUGAAGUGGACCCCAAACAAUAUGAGAUCAUGAUGAAAGUGUAUGCUAGGACAGUGAAGUUCAACAACCUUCAUAGAGACAUCUUUCCUGGAUGCCGUAAAAUGGAGGCAGAAAUUGUGAGGAUGGUCUGUAACAUCUUCCAUGGUGGAAAGAAUUCCUGUGGAGUUUUGACAUCAGGGGGAACAGAGUCUCUUAUCCUGGCCUGCUUGGCAUACCGGAACUGGGCAAGGGAGGAGCGAGGGAUUUCGAGGCCUGAAAUGGUUGUUCCAGUCUCAGCCCAUGCUGGCUUUGACAAAGCUGCAUCUUUUCUCAACAUGAAGAUCCGCCAUGUCCCAGUGGACCCAGUCACUCAGAAGGUCAACCCUCAGAUCAUGAAGAAAUACAUCAACCGCAACACUUGCAUGUUGGUGGGAUCUGCCCCGGGUUUUCCUCAUGGGGUCAUGGAUCCCAUUGAGGAGAUAGCAAGGCUGGGGGCAUCACGGGGGAUUCCUGUUCAUGUGGAUGGUUGCCUUGGAGGAUUCCUAAUUGCUUUCAUGGAGGAUGCCGGGUUCCCCUUUCCUCCCUUUGACUUUCGUGUCAAGGGUGUCACCAGCAUUUCAGCUGACACGCACAAGUAUGGAUAUUGCAUCAAGGGGAGCUCAACUGUGAUGUACUCUGAGCCCAUAUAUCUGCAACAUCAGAUCUAUGUCAAUGCAGACUGGCAGGGUGGUGCAUAUGCCACUCCUACCCUUGCUGGAUCCAGGCCUGGUGGAAUGACAGCAGCAUCCUGGGCAGGGCUACUUCACAUGGGCUAUGAUGGAUAUGUUCAGGCAACAAGGAAUAUCAUCAGCAAGGCAAGAUAUAUUGAAGCCAAUGUGAAGAAGAUCCCUGGGCUGAAGACACUGGGACCACCAGAAGUGUCAAUUGUGAGCAUUAUGUCUGACACCUUCAGCAUCUACCGCUUCUCUGAUGGCAUGUUCCAAAGAGGCUGGGCCCUCAGCAACCUCCAGUCACCUUCUGCGGUGCACCUGUGUGUGACCAAGGCACACUGCAUGGAGGGUGUGGCUGACCAGUUCCUGGCUGAUGCAGCUGAGAUUGCUGCUCAACUCAUUAAGGACCCUCAGCAGGUCAAGGAAGGAGCUGGUGUGAUGUAUGGUGUAUCUCAAGAAAUUCCUGAUCGGUCCAUAGUUAAGGAAUUUGUAUGUUCCUUCGUUGAAGCAUGGUAUCACACAAAGAGUGAAGAUGAAGAAUCAGAUGAGAAGGAAGUCCUGACCAAUGGGGCUGCCAUGAAUCUCACCUAAAGAGAGAGGGUCUCAUUCUGGGUUCCCAUUCUCUAUUGUAUCUUCAUUCCUCUUGUGUGAUAUGACUGCAUGAUUACCUCUCAUCAAUACCAAAAGCUUCUAUUGUCACAUUUUAAACUCAUCACCACUCUGUUUGCAUUGGCAUACCAUAAGAAUAUCAAUGUAUUCUUGCUUGACUGCCUCUCACAUGGGGAUCAUCCAUUGAUAAAAUCUAUCUCCCAGAGAAAUCUUCAAAGGGAAGUGUUCUUGCUAUUCUGUUGAUGCCUUUUCAUCUCUUUUACCUAAGUCACAGCAAUCAGUUCUACUCAUGUAAUGAAAGAGAAUUUUCAGGGAAUCUUUUGAUUUUCUGCAGAGAUGUACGAGAGCAGCAAUGUAUCAAAGGUUUUGCCAAGCCCUGCAGCAUUUCAUGUAGUUGCACCCUUGACUACACUGUUCCAUAGUUGAUGGUUCAGAUUUAUGAGGACACAAUGCACCAUGAUAUCAAAAAGAAACAUUUAUAUUGUUCCAAUUUCUGCAUAUGUGUAUCACCUCAGCUUUGAAGGAUAAGCUAUAAGAUCAGCACUGGAAGAGUCAGCAGAUAAUAUCUAGGCUUAGUAGAUAUAAUAUAUAGUUUUAAAGGUCAGGGAGUGGCUUUUGUCUGCAUAUAAAAUACUCUAUUGCGUGAGAAAUAAAACUUUACCAAAGUAUUAAUGGGGACCUGUGAAGCCAACCCGUGGAGAUUUAGUGGUUAGUCAUUUCGGUAUUGCAAAACAUGUUGUUCAUUUUUUGUUUUUUAUUGUGAAGUGUUGCCAUUGCACAUGGUAAUAAGCUACAGCAGUUGGGGUGGCCAACAUAAUCAUGUAUGCACUUGUCUGUCCAAACAGACUAUUUCUUCAAGUUACUCACAUUCCCCUUGUAUAUGUGCUCCAUUAUGAGGAUAAGGAGUAUAAAGCGUC